AAGUACGUGUUAGAGGAAAAGUUGAAGCAGCUGAGACGGGACGUGGCUGGACGUUAGUAACCCCGACGGCAGGAGACUCUGUACUGGAGUAGGGGGAGGGAGAGAGGUAGAGGGAGACAGUGUACGCGGUGGAGGGGUUAGCUAGACCGUCUGAGACAGAGGGAGAAAGGAGAGAGUAAAGUAUACAGAUCUAUAUGUUAUAGAGAAAGGAAAGGGAGAGGGGUAAAGAGGAGGAGAGACGGGGAAAGAAAAUCAAACGAAUGUGAGAGAGGGAAGGGGAUAGGGAGAUACAGGGCGAGAGAGGGGGGGAGUGGAAGGUAAGGGGAGGAAAAGAGGGGAAGAGAAAGAAAGUGGGAGCUUGAGGGAGAAAAGGGGAAAUUGUGCGAUAGAGGAGUGUGACAGAGCGAAAGGCAGAGAAAGAGGGGUGAGAGAAGCAGAAGGAGAGGGAGUGGGAGGGCAGUGCACUGCCGGUUGUUGGGACGGUCGGUGGCCACAGGCGACGAGAGCCGGUGCCCCGGGAGCGGGCUGGACCCCGCGCCCAUGUCGAGUUGUUAGAGCAUGGCCUCGGCGGUGUUUGAGGGGACCUCGCUGGUGAACAUGUUCGUGAGGGAUUGCUGGGUGAACGGCGUGCGGAAGAUCAUCGUCAACCGGCGGGAGGAAGAGUUUUUCGAGAUCAGGACCGAGUGGUCGGACAGGAACGUGCUGUACUUGCACCGCAGUUACCCCCAACUGGUUCGCGUCUUCCGCAGGCUGACGAACGCCUUCCCCGAGGAUCAGGGCGCCCUGUCCCGCUCUCUGCUCCAAGGAUUAGUUGCCGUAAAAGAAGCUCCUGACAUAGAAACAAGGUUGAAUGAAAUCGAGAAGGUCCUGAAGAUUAUAAUUAACUUGCCCUGCAAAUAUUCCAGGUCAGAGGUUGUCCUCACCUUCUUUGAGAGAUCAUCCAUAGACCAAGUAUUAAAGAAUGAUAAUGUCCAAAAGGUUCAGAUGACCUUCCAAAGUCCAGUGAAAGUAUCAGAAAUCAUGCGGUCAAACGGAUUUUGCUUGGCAAACACAGAAACAGUCGUCUUUGACCAAGGGAUUCCUAAUGGCAAGGAACAGCAGCCGGCUGCAGACCCCGUGGAGGAGAUACUACAGAACGGAAGUGACUUUACUGAAGAGCUUAAUGACGAUGAUCCCAGCGCCUACGUUACAAACUUAUCCUAUUAUCAGCUUGUUCCCUUUGAAACAGACAUCUUGGAGUGAUUGCGACACCAGGCACAUUUAAAAAGAGGCUGACUUGCACCUUGCCUUAUUCAUCUAUCCUCUUGUUUCCAACAGCGAGAUGUGAAGUGGAUAACAAUAUUCAGUUUGCAGGCUGGGUCAGUUUAUGAAGGAAUCCAAAUACUUGCAUUAUUCUCUGAUUGCAGCUUCUUACCCAGCUGUUCAUGAAAGGAUCAGUUGCCAGUGAGCCUCAGCUCUGGCAGGAGAAUUCACAAGCUGGUUUGCUAAUUUUUGGAAAGCACAAAAUGUCUCCUUGUUAAAAAUAGAUAAUAAUCAGCAGGAUAAGCAAUUAUCUAUAAAACAGGGCACCUUGACAGUACAGGUGGGAUCCAUUCAUCUUGCAGAAGAGUUGGUGUGGAUUGUUCUGGGUUGUAAUGUAUCUCAGUAUUUUGUGUUUACAUGCAGAGGUAGACCUGGGGAGGAGGAGACCCUAUCCUGUGGUGGGGGCUGGUCUUGAGAUCAUCCCCACACAGAUGGAUUCAGAAACAGGGAGGUAUUUGAGGCAAUGCUCAUCUCAGAAUGUUCCAUCUUCACCCCUCCUGUGUGGCUUUGAACACUGAAGGUUCAUGAAGCUACUAAAGACUUUGAUAAUGCUGUCUAAACUGUGUUCUUCACUGCAUCCCCAUGGACUGCACAUGAUCCCUGUUAUAGGACCUUUUAAACAAAUCUCCACUAACUUACUAUUUUUGACAUGUAAAUAGUAAAUUAUUAAAUCAAGAUUGUUUUAUAGCGCGUAUCUGCAAAUGUAUUUUAUUGGCAGCAGUAUUAAUCAUUAAAAUAUUUUAAUCAAUGCA